AUGUCCACUUGCGUUCUCACCUUUUGCGGGAAGAUGGACAUGUCAUUCCAGACGUUUUCUCAUUCAAAGUACUACUCGCUAAGAAAUCUGUGCUUUGCUGAUGGCAUCGUUCUGAUAACAUCUAGAAUCAACUUAGCGGGACGAAUGCUGACCGAAUUCGGCGAAAUAUGUGGAUGCAUGUCUUCAGCUGGGUCUGAAAAGACGAUGUUUAUGCGUAACGGAUGGGUCUCGGAUGCUUUAUUUACAUUCAACGGACAUCCGAAUGCACGAGCUACGUUCAUCUGUGUCGAAGAAUGA